CUUAGUGUUCAAAUCACGCUAAUUGAAUGGCUAGAAUUGAAGCAGUGCUUCGAAAAUUCGUUCGAUACGUGCUCCACUCUCUUUCUUGUGGAGAGUUCCUAUUAAACGGCAAGUCGUAUAGGGAUCGUUGCCAACUUCUCGGCAUUGACAUCCUUGAGAAACGGCGAAAAUAUUAACAAUCCAAGCUACGUUCGGACCUGUUAAUCUGAUAGAGGAACGUGAAGCUAUUAGCUGCUAUUAUAACACCAAUAUAGAUGUCGACAUUGUAUCUUCGUCACCACGUAAUGAGCCAGCGAAGAGGUUCGAAUUAAUGCCUCGCAACGUGUGACUGUUUACUCCUACGCUCAGCAAGCCAAUCGAAUAACCUGGCAGGUAAAUCAUCACUCAUCACAACAACAACAAAAUUACCGAGUGGAACGUUGAAAUCCGACGAAAUUAAUUCGCUGCCAGUUCCAUUAGCCAUCAGUCGUCGCAUAGGGAGAAACGUGUGACUCUAUAUUCGGAAUGAGUUUGCUGGCUCAUCAUGCGAUACUCUUGCUCACUGUUUUGGACUGCCUUCGAGUGAAAGUGUCUGCGAUAACAUCCCCCGAAUGUGCCAAACCACCAUUGUAUGUGCACCCUAAAGAUUGUUGCCGAAUGCCACCCCUGGUCGACGAAUCGUUACUGCUGGCCUGUAAACAAGUUCACGGUGGAGAGGAACUGACACGUGAUCACACCCGCGAACGAGGAACCUGUUUCAUGGAGUGCGCUAUGAACAGAACUGGUACGCUAAUUGAUGGAGUAUUAGAUCAGGCCAAGAUUCUACGCUUUAUCGCAGAACGGGUUGGUAAUCUCACGUUGAGGCAAGCACUCAGUGCGGCUUGCAUGAAAUGCUUUCAAAGUGCGCAUCGGUUUGAAAACGAGGCCCCAAAUCAUAGCGCGAAACAUUGCAGCAGCACGGCAGCUCGUUUCAUUGGUUGUGUGAAUUUGGAAAACUUUAAGAUGUGUUUGGACGAGUAUUGGAACAACAGUCAGGACUGCAAUUUAUUGCGAAAAUAUAUUGAAGGCUGUUCGAUACCAUCUUAGCCACGUUCACUCAUUCAUGUUUCUUUGAUGAUAGGUCCGUUUUUAUUAGAUACAAAUUUGAAAGAGAUAAAAUAUAGUAACUGAUUAUAUACACAGUAAAAUUGGCAG